AUGUGUAUUGUUAAAAAUGAAAAGACGCUUAUAUCAACCACAACAACCACCACCAGCAACAGUAUAUGGACCACAAUAUCAACCAGCAACAGUAUAUGGACCACAAUAUCAACCAGCAACAGUAUACAGACGAUAAUAUCAACCAGCAACAGUAUAUGGACCACAAUAUCAACCAGCAACAGUAUAUGGACCACAAUAUCAACCAGCAACAGUAUACAGACCACAACCUGUGGCAAUUACAUCGCCGCCACAGACGGUUGGUACUACAACGACGGCACAGGCGCAGACGGUUGCAACUACAACGACGGCACAGGCGCAGACGGUUGCAACUACAACGACGGCACAGGCUGUGCAGACGGUUGCAACUGCAACGCCGCCACCACAGACGACGGUUGCAACUACAACGACGGCACAGGCGCAGACGGUUGCAACUGCAACGCCGCCACUGCAUCGCCGCCACCACAGACGGUUGCAAGUACAACGACGGUUGCAACUGCAUCGCCGCCACCACAGACGGUUGCAAGUACAACGACGGCACAGGCUGUGCAGACAGUUGCAACUGCAUCGCCGCCACCACAGACGGUUGCAAGUACAACGACGGCACAGGCUGUGCAGACAGUUGCAACUGCAUUGCCGCCACCACAGACGGUUGCCGCGGACAUCCAAAAAUUGUUUAAUGGCCGACCGAUUGUAGUGGAGCAGGUGCGGAAGGCGGAGCCCAACAGUAUACAGACCACAACCUGUGGCAAUUACAUCGCCGCCACAGACGGUUGGUACUACAACGACGGCACAGGCGCAGACGGUUGCAACUGCAACGCCGCCACUGCAUCGCCGCCACCACAGACGGUUGCAAGUACAACGACGGUUGCAACUGCAUCGCCGCCACCACAGACGGUUGCAAGUACAACGACGGCACAGGCUGUGCAGACAGUUGCAACUGCAUCGCCGCCACCACAGACGGUUGCCGCGGACAUCCAAAAAUUGUUUAAUGGCCGACCGAUUGUAGUGGAGCAGGUGCGGAAGGCGGAGCCCAACAGUAUACAGACCACAACCUGUGGCAAUUACAUCGCCGCCACAGACGGUUGCAACUACAACGACGGCACAGGCGCAGACGGUUGCAACUGCAACGCCGCCACUGCAUCGCCGCCACCACAGACGGUUGCAAGUACAACGACGGUUGCAACUGCAUCGCCGCCACCACAGACGGUUGCAAGUACAACGACGGCACAGGCUGUGCAGACAGUUGCAACUGCAUCGCCGCCACCACAGACGGUUGCAAGUACAACGACGGCACAGGCUGUGCAGACAGUUGCAACUGCAUUGCCGCCACCACAGACGGUUGCCGCGGACAUCCAAAAAUUGUUUAAUGGCCGACCGAUUGUAGUGGAGCAGGUGCGGAAGGCGGAGCCGUGGGUUGGUGAUAUUAUGACCAUCGUGUCUGAUAUACCAAUACAGCCAUUAGCAUUAAAUUGUGACAUUGUGACAAAUUGUGAAAAAUUGUGA